AGGCUUGCAAAACGUCAUACCGCGAAAAGUAAUAACGAAGUACUAUAACAAAAAGUAAGGAGUGAUGCGGAUCCGCUAUCAUCGGCCGAAAACAGAGUUUUGUGCUUGGCUUAACGGUUUAUUUUAACGUAUAAAUGUCAAAAAUACUUCAGAAAUUAAAAUAGUUCCAUAAGUGAUAAAACAAUUUUAGUGUUACGAGUAUUAUUGCAGUGAUACGUGAUACUGACUAUCAUGCACAUAAGGAAAAGUUAUACUGAUAUAAAGAGCACCAGAUUUAUUUCAGUAUAUCUAUUAAUCCCCCGAUACACAAAAUCGUUCAUUUAAUCAACAAUACCCUUGCUUUUCCAUACUACAAUGAGCGGAAGAAAUAAGACGUGCUCGUUCUGUCUCAAACAGCGGCAAAUUCUAGUGGACCACUCUUCUACAAACAAAGCACUCAAAAAAAUUUACAAUAUUGCUGCUCCUUCAAGCGGAUACCGUUUAUGUAUAGAGUGUCAUUUUUACAUUGGUCGAGUUUCUGAGUUCAAGCACAUAAUUGAGUCUGCCGCUGACUUCGACGUAGACAGUUGUUUCGUGUGCAAAUCGGAAAGCACUAUCAAUGAACCUGGAGUGGAUCGCAUGGUCGCUUACCUUGUAAAACAGUGUAGUAGUAUCGACUUUGGUAAUGCUGACACCGUUAAGGCUUGCGUGACGUGUUUGUAUUUAUUGGAAAUUAGCAUUAAAUACGAAAAACUGGCCAGAAACUUUGCAAAUGCACAACGUUUUAGCAAAGAGUUUGCCACUAUGAGGGAAUGCAACAUAGUUCUUUGGAAGUUAAACCUGGAUACACUUGGUGACAUGUGUAAAAACUACAGUAUUUGUAGUAAUAUUAAUAUUGGAAAAGAAAAAGGAAAUAAGGGAAUCAAACGUGGUAGGGGGUCCUGGAGUGCACGAGAUGAACUAACUCCCAAGAGAUCUAAGCAAGAAGAGGAAUCUGUUCUACCUGUAAUGCUUACAAAACUGACCCCUACAAUGUCGCGCUCUGGUGGUAGGAAAACUCUAUCGCCUACUUCCACAAAUUCAUCGAAAGCGAAACAAAAUGAUAAGAUUUUCAUUAAACUACCGAUUCCUCGCAAAUUGUUGGAAAAACAAAACCGUAAAAAGUAUGAUCUUCCUCACUCACCAAGCAAAACAAUACCGGCUUCUCCGUCCGUUGACGUAUUGAAUAAAAUUUUCGAUAUUAAGUUGCGACCGUUGGUAAUCAAAAUAGAACAUGUAGAUCUGUCCAACUAUAUGAACAGAACAAUAGCACAUGAUUCCAGCACGAGGCAACUGCGUAAACAGAAAAACGAAGAGUUUAUAGGCUUGGAUGAGGAAGAUGUGGUGGAACUUCAGCAAAGUAACACUAGCAUUUGCAGCGUUGGUAAACGAAAGAGUAUUUUGGUAACAGAACGAAUUGAAAGUCCCAAUUCAGCGAAAAAGAAGGUACAAUUUUCGGAUUCCCCUAGUAUCAAAUACGUGGACAAACUUAAUUUUACUGACGAAGAAAGUGGUGGUAAAGAUAAUAGCGAUGAUGAAAAUGAUGCCGACUAUGGCGGGAAAAAGAGUAAAAAGAAAACACCGAAGCCUCAGAAUGAAACAGCACUGUGUCCUGAGAAUGGCAAGCCUCGAAAAGGUAGACCUAGGAAGGUCGACAGUAGUAACAUAAAAGAAAUAGAAAUUCCAGUUCAAAAAAUUACUUAUGAGGAGCAAAAAGAAAAUCCAACGGAAGUCAAAGAACACGAAAAAGAAAAAUCAAACAAAAACGAAGAACUCUCCAAAACGACAGACAAUGUUCAAAAGCAAUCGGAAAAUUCUACAAUUGUAAACGGCAACACUGAAGAACAACACGUUAAUGAAGAAAAAAAUCUAGAACAUUCUGAAAUUACCGGGAACAAUAACUCUGCGGUAGCUCCUGAAAUGGAAACAGAAGAACUAGAGGAGAGUAAACCAGAUGAUCGAAUGGGAAUAGACGAUCCAUUUGACUUGCCGGAUACUGAAAUGAAAGAUCUUUCCGGUGCGGAAUCGCCAGAAGAUGUUGAAAUGGCUGAGAAAAAGUUACCUCAACAAGAGGAUGUUGAGAUGACUGAAGUUAACAAUGUGGACACAAUAGUCCACGAUGCCCUUAGCUCACAAAGUAAACCAGCGGGAAAUCCAGUCUCUCCUCAGGAGCACACAUCGUCUAAUGAAUUUGCAUCAGAUAAGGAAGAAGAACUAGAAAAAGUUAAACUAACUUUUGAAAAUAUGCUCGGUAAAGAACUCCUUGAUUCGGAAUCUGAGUUAGAAUCUGCUGAGCCGACCUCUAAGAAUGAACCAGUGGUAUCCGAGCAAAAUAAAGACUUUGGCCCAGACACAUGCGAACACAUAAAACCAGAACCCCAAAUCCGAUCAGCUUUAGAAGCACCCACUGAAUCCAAAACUCCGAAUGAACAGAAAAAUGUUUUCACUGAGCUAGACGACGUAGAUGAUAUUUCAGACGACGAAGACAUUCUGAAUCGGCUUGAUUAUACAGAUCAAUCCAGGCAUCGACGGUCACCAGAAUUACCACCACUUGGUGAGGACAGUUUGUAGAAUAUGUAUAAAUUUCCACAAAAUAGAGGUGUCAUCACCAUUUGAUUUGUUUUUAAACUUAUUCCUGUUUGGAGUAGAUAUUAUGUUCAAAAAAAAUCAUUGUAAGUGUUGAAUAGGAUUGAAUCGGCUAGCGUCAACCCGCUAGAGACGUGAGAUUGACUGUAAUCGUAAUUGUUUACAAAACCGAAAAGUAUAGAGCACAGAAUCUUUUAUACGUGGAAUAUAGUGUUAGUAAAAUAUAAGAUCGACUAAAAAGAGCAAAAUAAAUAUUGAACAAUUUUGA